GUUUCCCGCCAAACGCAGCCUUUUGAUGAAUUAAGUCAGUUGUUGUAAACAGAGUCAGUUGUUAUACCAUACUCGGCUGUGUAUUAGAGAGUUUGGAGUUGUGAAUUCACGUACUCUAACGUAAAUUCAAAAGCAUGGCUUUAUACCACCAAAACAGUGUCAGAAAAAGAACACUUCAAGAAUUCAAAAUGCAGGAAGAGGAAGGUAUUGGUAGCCUGUGCAGACUUGCCAACCGACCAAUAUCUCCGAAAACACAGCUAGAACACGAGAAGCGAAUACGACGAGAAAUCGCGAAUAACAACGAACGAAGACGUAUGCAGAGCAUCAACGCAGGGUUUCAGUCAUUGAGGGCUUUAUUGCCCCUAAAUGAAGGAGAAAAAUUGAGCAAGGCUGCCAUUCUACAACACACAUCAGAAUAUAUUUAUCAGCUAGAACAAGAAAAGACCAAACUGUUAUCUCAGAACUGUCAACUAAAGCGACUGCUGAACUCGCAGAUCCCACCAGAAAAUGUAUUUAGUAAUUCUGACUCUCCUCUACCCAAAAGGAAAAAGGUCAAACAUACAACAACUGCAGAGUCGUCUGACGAAGGGAUUGGAAAUAUGAGUCCACAUCAAGAGCCUAAAUGCAACUUGGAUGAAGUGAAAUCUGAAGUGUUAGAGCUUCGUGCUCAAUUAGAUCGGGAGAGGAGGCUGCGAAUGAUACUAGAGGAGCAGACUCGGAAUCUUGAAAGUCAGGUCUAUCAAACCCAAGCAUCAGAGUGUCUCGUGGGAAGGUUUGUCGGUCAGUUUCCGUCACAGCAACAAUUAGUCAGUGUACAACGAAACAAUGAUGUUUUACCCGAGGAACUAAAAUCUCCUAAUUCCAGAGCACCAGAAGCUCCGCAAGACUUGUCUGGAAGGAAGUCUCAUUCUGAAGAAGUAAUUCAUGCUAAUUCUAUUGUCCAAAUAUCAAGGGCAGAGUUUAAGGAACCACAGAAUCUGUGUAAAGGAAACAGCACAUCGAGACAGAAUCUGGAGACGAUUGUUGAAGCUAUUCGGCAUCUGGAAGGUGAUCACUUGUUUCGUGAUGAUCCUGAACCACCCGAACAAACAAGGUUGGUUUCUGAAUGCACUCCAAGUUCUCAGCUUCAUACUUCUAGAAAUGAACUUGUUAUGCAACAACACUUGUUUCACUGUCCACCAGUGGCUUCUUACUCUCGGCCAGGUGUCAUUGUUGCCAAUCAUUCGUAACCACUCCUUUUUUUUUUCAAUGAUUCUUGAAUAUAAUUUUGUUUUUAAUCUUCACAUGUCAUCUUCAUAAUGUAUAUAUAGUAACGUUGUAAUUUUACUAUCGUAUAUUGUACACUGUUGUAUGAUAAUUAUCAGGAGACUUGGGUUACAUUUAGUAAAAACUAUGAGGAGUUUAUGAUUUUUUAAAUAAUUAAAAAAGCAACUGAAAUGAUUAAAGAAUAAACUUUCCCUAACUCAUUCAUUGAAAGAGAGAGAUUUAGUAUUUUUUGAAAGGUUUUUCAAAAACUUAGUGUUAAAUUUUGUGUGGUUAUAUUUUUACCACAAUUUUUGUAAAAGUUUGGCUUUUCAUUUUAAUAGAUUUAGAUCUGAGCCAAAGUGAAGGUAUUGUAGUGUUUUACAGUUCAUGUAAAUUUAUAAUGUGCAUAGAGAGAAAAGUGGUUUAAAAGCAGAAAAAUCACCUUAAAGUCUAACAUUUAUCAGUGUUUUUAUAUUUGUAAAAAGUAAAUUUCUGUAUCCGUCUGACUGUAAAUGUGUAAGAUAUUACGCAAUUCAUUAUCAGUACGUCAAAGUGUGUUGAUGUACACAUUAUUGAAAAUUUUUAAGAGCUGUAUGGCAGAUCUGUCACAUUUGCAUUUUUUAUGCCAUUCUUGAGUUCAAUGUUCCUAUUUUUUGUGUACUAUGUAAAAUAAAGUUUGAAAUAAUCUUAUCUUGAUAUUUAUUAUUAUCAUCUAAGAACUGAAGAUCAUAUCAUUUCCUUUCUUUUGUUGUAUUGUUGGAAAUACAGUGUGAAAAUAAACUUACAUUUGUUGUAUUGUUGGAAAUACAGUGUGCAAAUAA